AUGCUCAUCAGCUACCGACGCUUCAGGCGCAACUACCUGCGGCCGAUCCUCCUCUUCUUGUUCUUCGUCUUCUUCAUCGAUGCCGUCCUCCUCGUGCGCCAUCGCCCGGCCACCCACCGGACCGGCCUGAACCUCGGUCGACGAUCCGCUGCAGCUCCAGGAAACACGACCGUUUACAUUGCCUCGGUACAUCGCAAUACCGAGCUCAUACUGAGGGAAGCUUGGAAUGAUGCUGUCUUGGAUCUCGUCGAGUACUUCGGACCCGGCAAUGUCCACGUCACGGCCAUUGAGUCGGGCUCCCAGGAUGGGUCGAAGGACGCGCUGCUGGACCUUAAGGCGGCCCUCGAAGAGCGCGGCGUAUCCAACACCAUCGUCCUGGGGUUGACAGUUUGGGAACAGUUGGAGGAGAUCGAGACGCGCCCUCCACCGAAUGCGCGGGAACCCGGCUGGAUAUGGAACGUUGCCGAGCGCCAGUGGGAGAUGCGCCGCAUACCAUAUCUCGCCCGGGUGCGGAACCAAGCCAUGGAGCCAUUGGAGGAACUGGAAGCUCAGGGGAGGACAUUCGACAAGGUCCUCUGGAUCAACGAUGUUGUCUUUGAUACCGAGGAUAUCGUUACGCUCUUCGAUACGCGAAGUGGCGACUAUGCUGCUGCGUGCUCUAUGGACUAUAAAUCAUCGCCCCUCUACUACGAUACAUUUGCUCUACGAGACGACAUGGGCUUGAAGACAGUAUCGCUCUACUGGCCAUGGUUUCAGUCCCCCACCUCGAGGGAUUCGGCUUUACGCAAUGAGCCUAUCGAGGUGACAUCCUGCUGGAAUGGCAUCGUAGCUUUCGACUCGAGUCCCUUCUACGCGAACCCACCAUUGGAGUUCCGUGGCAUUGACGACAGCCUGGCAGACUUGCAUCUCGAGGGAUCAGAGUGCUGUCUGAUCCACGCAGACAACCACCUCACCGCGGCGAAGGGCGUAUGGUUGAAUCCAAACGUCCGCGUGGCGUAUAGUACCGGUGUGUACAAAAAGGUCAGGACGAACCGGUUCCCGAGCCCCUUUUGGACGGUCGUCGGUGCGUGGGUCGACCGUAUCGAAACGCAUCGUAUGGCCAUCCAGAGCCAACUAGAGACGCGAACGGUCCAGAGGAGACUGGAGCAGUGGAAGGUUGAAACGCCGGACGGAGACCUACCGCGGUACGAGCCUGGCGAGGCGUGCCUCAUCAAUGAGAUGCAGAUCAUGUGGUCUAACGGCUGGAUGCACUUAUAA